UCUCCCUGGAGCAAAACUGAAAGGUGCAACAGUGAACACUCAUUUCCAAUACAGAAUGUAAUCACGUAUACAAAUGCCAGUAGUUUCCGAUGCAAACAAAUAACAAAGAAAAUAUUAUCUUUUUCCUUAUACACUGCAUACAAAAUUUGCUAUCUGGAGGAAAAUCGAUCAACCCAGCACAAACAUGACCUGGAUAUUCUUUUUGAUUAAUUUCACCAUCGUUGUGCAAGUGACCAGUGAGGUUCCAGAAGUGCCAGAGAUAGCUGUAUACCUCGGAGAUGCAGUUUCCCUGCCAGGGGUGAAGGACAAUCAGACCAGAUUGAUUGAGUGGACAUUUAAGAACAGCAGUGGAUAUUCAGAGGAUGUUUUUACCCUUUACUUAUCGUCGCCAGACAGCCCUGACAUCUUUGCAAAGUACAAAAAACGGAUAUAUGUCUUUCCAAACGGUUCAUUCACUUUGAAACAUGUGGACUGGAGAGAUGGUGGCAACUAUGAAAGAAAAAUUGACCAAAAGCACAAGCAGCAGUAUUGGCUCCGCAUUCUCGAGCUUCCUGGUCAUCCCAGCAUAAUUAAGAACCAAGAUGUCCUUACUUGUAAUGCCACUGGUUACGAUUCAGUGACCUGGACAAAGGAUGGUAAAAAUGUCCCAGAAGACUUUGAGAUUUCAAACAACACCCUACAACUCCCUUCUAAUGCAUCUGUCUCAAAACUCUGUGGAGUGUACAAGUGCCAAGCCCAAUCCCCAAAGCACAACAAGACAGCAGAUGUUUUAAUAAUUGUUUUUUCAGAUCAGCAGAAAGCCGUUGUCAUUACAGAGAUGUGUGCAUUUGUUCUGGACUUACUAUCUGUGCCAUCCACGAUGAUGCAGUUUCAGUUUUUCUACAAUUUGAUACCAACAGGGUGUGGUCCUUUGAAUUGGUGGUUGUUUAUUGGUGUCGUGGCAGACUUUGUUUCCCCUAUUUUAAACAUUGUUGGACUGAGCUUAUGGAUACAUGAAGAUUACUUCACAGCUUUAGUGAUUUUAAUGGUGAUUGCUGUUGCCCUCUUAAUCCUAUUAACCAUAAGAAAAAUAAGACAAGUCAAACUGCCACUGCCACACGGUGUACUCAACAUUUUCCAGUAUGGCACCACAGUAUCAGUCAUCUUUUUAAACAUUUACAAAGAAAAUCCUUGCAGCUUCUUUAUGAAAAAAGGCCUCCCUUACUUUUUAACACUAGUAGGCUUGAUAGUGUUAUUAUGGGCUAGCACCCUCGUCUACUUGGUAGCAGCUGGUAAAAGGAAGUAUACCAGGACAGCAGAGGAUAAGGAUAAGAAUGAGCCAUUACACAGAGAGGAUUCUGUUCUCUAGUUAACAAGGCUGGAGUGCCUUUGAUGUGUGUCGGAUCGUCACUACGCUUGUUUAUUUUUUGUAAUUGAUGUUUUUGUUUUAGGACGGCCCCCCUGUAAACUACUUUUCUUAACUUUUAUGUUUAACAUAUUUCUAUAACAGUACGGGUUUGUGUGUGCUGUAAUGGUAUACCUUAUUCCUUUGAAUUUAAGACACCCUCGAAUUUAACUCUUUCAUGCAUGGCGACCUGAUAUGGGGACGGAUAAUAAAACUCUACUAUUCUUUAUAUGGGGACAUAUAGAAGAUGCAAAUGCACAAUGGCCUCAUAUGAGGAUGCCAUUUGUUCCCAUAUAAAGCACUGAAAAUUUAAAAAAAUUAUAUUACAGAUAUAUUUAUUAUGUGUCCACAACUACUUUCUUGCAGCUGUUUUCAAUAUUUCAUGCAUGAAAGGGUUAAGAUGCAGCACAAAUUUUCCACCCUCAAUUUGACGAAAAAAAUAAAACAUAAAAUAAAUAUGCAUUUACAAAGAUACAACCUCAAUUAUGCAUAUGGACACAGUUUGCAGCCGUCUGCUGUCACAAUCGUGAUUACUCACACCUGUUUUUCUCCCAAUUUGUGAACUGUGGUAUUGCUCAUGUCAAAAAAUACGGGGGUCUGAUCAACAUUUCAUAAGAACAUAAGAACAUAAGAAAGUUUACAAACGAGAGGAGGCCAUUUAGCCCAUCUUGCUUGUUUGGUUGUUAGUAGCUUAUUGAUCCCAGAAUAUUAUCAAGCAGCUUCUUGAAGGAUCCCGGGGUAUCAACAACAUUACAUGUACUGGUACUGUUUGUUAGAAAUGCUGAAAUUGUAAAAGCUUAUCUUCAAAUUCCUCAGGAAGCGAAUGACGGUUUGUGGUGGAGUGUCCCGUCCCUUUGUUUAUUAUUUAUUUAUAUUAUGAGUUAUAUGUUUAUAUGACAGUGAAAGCCGAUUAUUAUUUGUUGUUAUUUUGCAUUUUAAUCAUAAAACCUUGUGAGGAUGCGUGACUGAUCAGCUACUGAUUAUUUAACUAGCUGACAGUCACGCAUCCUUACUAAACUCGUGCAGACUGUGGCCGAGGGGUAAUAAGAUAAUUAACAGCUAGUUAACCCCUCGGCCAGAAUAUAAAAACCUGCAGCUGUCCACGCUCAGGGGGGAAAGUGUCAGAGGUGACACAGGUUUUGAGAGAGGAGAUUAAAAAGUAAAAACAACUGCUAAGCUUGCUGGUUUUUACACCAGCACGAUACUUAUUUGUUUAUUUGUUUGGUCAACGUGCCUUUUUGUUUAGUGUUUUGUGUUUGUUCAGAUCUUUUGUUUUGUUAUUAUUUAAUAAAAAUAGCUGAGCACCAUAGUGCUCAGUUUCACCACCGCCCUUCUUUGUUUAUGUGUUGCUCCUUCCUGGUCCAUGACGUCAUCAUUGCAACCACUCUGCCACAUGGUUCUUUGAAAAUGGCUGCCUGUAUGUCAUGAAUGAUUUGACAUCGGGCAGAACGUUUUGGUUCGUCAUUUCUCGGCCGUUUGUUUACUUGGGUAUUCACGACUUUUGCUGGCGAUAUUAAUACAUGUAUCACUAUGCUGUACUUGAAUUUAAGACGCAGAAUAUUUUUGAGAAGCAAGAAGGCUGAAAACAAGUGCGUCUUAAAUUCGAAGGAAUAUGAUAUUCAGUGUGAGGUAUGAAAAGCCUUGUGGGAAACACAGUCUAAGGUGACGGUCCUGUUUGCAUGCCUUAACCCAUGAAAAAUUUACAUCACCUAGUGCCUUCUACAGUAAUUCUAGGACACACCCAAAAAGUUACUGCAAAGAAACUUAUAUGAAUGAAAUGAAAUUAUGAAGGCUGUCAGUCCCAGUAUUCUCCAGACAUGCUUAAAGCCAGGUAAGGCAAAAUGUGUAAUAAUUUAAUAACAGAACAACCCAAAACUAGUCAGAAGGGUUGUUGCAAACACCAUACAUUAGUUAGGUGAAUAUGAAAAUAGCAAUGAAAAAUGACAUUAGAAGCUCCUUACUCUUUAACAUUACAUAGUCCAAGAUUAAUGCUCAUCAUGGUCUGUGAAAACAGCAGUAAAAAGAUCUAAAUAAUAAACAAUGUUAAGAUGGGACAGAAUUUAUUUUCCCCCUUUGGACUCUGCCUAUAUAAUUGUACAGUUGGCACUGCCUUAUCGGGAUACUGAUAAUCUGGAUUUCUGCUUAAAUGGGAUACAACUCUGGGAGACAGUUCUUCCCAAUGCUAUUUAUGUUGUUUAAUUGGGACAUCACUUUGUUUAAUUUGUUUAAUUUUCAAAUGAUGACCAGAGAUCGCUUUUCAGAGCAAGACUGGUCGCGUAGCAGAGUACAGUGAGUACGUAAUUACACUGUGACUUACCUAAAUUGCGUAAACCACGUUGACCUCUUGAAGCAGGAGGAGUCUCCUGUGGUUUCUCAGGCUGCUGUUGCAAAGAAAGUUGGCAUGUCAACAUCGCAACUGGAAUUAAUUUUCUUUAGGAAUAAAAAAAAAAAAACAUUGACUUAUAUUUAAAAUUAUGUAUUUAACAUUUAAUCAUAAUGUGAUGUGAUUUCAUUAUUUUUAUUUUCAUUAAGAAUCAAAAAAGUGUGACAAAGGUCUCUCAACUGCCUCUCACUUAUUUGGGAUAUUUUUCCUUCUCCUGAGGCGUCCCGAUAAAGAGGCGCUGACUGUAAGACUGAACACAUAAGAGUCGUUUUUAAAAUAUCAUCUGCACUAUUUCAUUAUUAUUUAGCUUUUUUAAUGACUUGUUAUUGUUUUAAUGUUAAACAAUGAAAACCAAUCAUUUUACUGGCAAUUGUAUUUAGAUUACACAUCAGAAAGAGUAUAAAAAAAGCCUAUACCAUCAAAUAUUGUACACAAAAGAUCCAUCCUGUCAAUUUGUAUUUGACAAAAGCUUGGUGAGUUUCACUCAUAUCCAAACUGAAACGUGUUGCCAGACUUUUUAUGUUUUUCUCACCAAGGCACACAUGAUCACUGCCUGUGGCUUCCAUGACACAAUCUAUGUCCUGAAGCAGUCAUUUGUUCCUGUCAUCCUCGGGCAUUAGUCGUCGGUUCAUGUUGUCCACAACUGACUGGAUCAACUGGUUCACAGAUGGAAAUGUCCCACCUUCCUUUAGUUCCACUUGCUAAGCCUUUGUCGAGUCCAGUCUUGGCCUCCUCUUCAUGUUACCCGGGACAUGUUUUGUAACUUUCUAUUCUUCUGAUGUACAUUUUUAAGUAUUCUUGGCCCUUUGCCAAGUGACAUUUCCAUGCAAGAUUCUUCAGUUCAAGCACAAGGUCGCACAUUGAGGCCAACAUAAGAGCAAAGUUACUGGUUGUUAACUUGGCAGAAAGUCCCUUGAAUUUCUUUUGUUCAACAGACUUUCUUGCUGGGUUUUGUGCUUCUGAAGUAAAUUGAUAACAGUAUACGAUGCCCAAACUGCAGAAACAUAUCGGUAAGAGGAGGCAACCCAACGAACCCCAAAUAUUCAAUCUUCUUUACCUUGGUUGAUAAUACAUUUGCACAUUGCUCCAACUGAUUCACAUUUUUUGGAGAUUGUACGAAGCACAAUUGCACUCAAAAUGAUUCACUCCCCCACCAACACUGGUAAGGGCAUGUGAUGGAGUACACCCUGCCCCUGUAUUAUUAUUUGUAUAUAUGUAUGUUUUGUAUUAUUAUUAUUAUUAUUAUUAUUAUUAUUAUUAAUAAUAUUAUUAUUGUUAUUGUUAUUGUUAUUAUUGUCAUUGUAUUUGUAGGCUGGCGGUCGAGCACCGUCCGUCUAUUAUUAUUUACUGUUUGAGGCAAAAGAGUCGGUCUUGUAAUAUGUAGUCGUGGGGAUGGGGUUAAAACCCCUUCCCUAGAACUCUUGUGGGAAUGUGGCUGGAGCCAUAAUAAGGUAAUUUUUGAAUAGGUAAUUAAGGCUCCAGCCACGAAUAUAAAAGAUCCACUCUCGGCUCAGAGCGUGGUUGGAUGUUCAGAGGCGGAACUAGAGCGAGAGUGAAAAUUAACAAAACAAAACGUAUAGGAUCAGUGAAGGCAUUUGCCCAGCAUGACCUGUAUUGGCUGUUCGAUUUUUGUGUUCGUGAUUUUGUUUUGUUUAAAUAUUUAUUUUGCUCUGUGAGCACAGUGUUUUUUUGUUUAAAUCUUUUACUUUAUUUUUGUAUUUAAAAUAAAGACGGCGCAAACACCAUUGCACCCUA